UAAAAAACAUACAUUAUGGACACUGUACUUAACGAAACACAUUGUUCCUGGGAUGCAAACAACGAACAAGUUAUUGUUUUAAGAUGGUAAUAUCAAAAAAAACUGAUGCUUACUUGUUACCACUGUGCAUAUUGUUGAUUUUUGGUCUUCACGCAACUGCAGGUCAACUGCAAGUACGAACUAAACAUGAAAAAAACAGGAACAAGGGUGAUCAAAUAUGCCGUCAAGACAUGGAAUGUGUUUCUAGGUCUGAAUACUGUGAUAUUAAUUUAGAACCGCAAAAUCAACAAAAAUGUAGUUUUGGAAAUGAACUACAAAUGGGUUAUUGCUGUCCUAUUAAUAAAGUUAUUCGGUCAAGCACAGAAAGAAGGAUGGCAAAUGACGAUGAUGAAUCAAUCUUGGAUAAAAUUCUAAAUAUACCGUUACCAGAACGUCCAGAACCCAUCAGACCGCUACCAGAAGAACCAGAAUGUGGACUAAACAUUAAGACUUUAUCCAACAUCUUAAAUGUACAAAAUGUAAAAGCUAAUGAUUGGCCAUGGAUGGCGGUGUUUUUAGAGACAACAAACUAUAUGAAUUUCUGUGGUGGAGUAUUACUUAAUCGACGAUUUGUGUUGACUGCUGCUCAUUGUUUUAAAAAAUAUACGAAACAAGAUUCUGUUGUUAGACUAGGUGAAUACGAUUUCACAAUUAAUAACGAGACGCAAUACAUUGACUACAGAGUGACAGAUAUUAGAUUACAUCCAGACUAUGAUCAUGCUACGCACGCCAAUGACAUCGCUAUAGUGAGGUUGAACAAACCUACAAUUUACAAUUCGUAUAUUCGACCUAUUUGUUUACCUAAAACAAACAUGGAAGUGUACAAAAAAAACGCCGUCGUGGCCGGUUGGGGUCGAACAAUUUUUGGUGGUCAAGUCAGUAACGUGCUUCAAGAAGUAGUUAUACCGAUUUGGGAACACGACGAGUGCGUUUCAGCUUUUUCACAACCAAUUUUCAAAACAAAUCUUUGUGCUGCAUCGUACGAAGGAGGCAAAGAUUCCUGUUUAGGUGAUUCCGGCGGUCCACUAUUGAUGCAAAGACAUGACGGAAAAUGGACUAAUGUUGGAAUAGUGUCUUGGGGCAUUAGUUGUGGAGAGUUGGGAAUACCUGGCGUUUAUACCAAAGUAACUUCAUACCUCAAAUGGAUAGCCGUGAACGCACAAGAUGUCAUUUAAAGAUUGAGUUCUGCUAUUUCAUUAGGAAUAUUUUAUGAAUUUAUUUAAACAAUUUCAACUUUUAAUCUAUAGCUAACCAUAGCACUAAAAUGAAUCAUGACAUGUAUACCAAAACAAUUAAAUAUAAUCAUAUAAAGAAAUAUAUUAUUUAAUCAGA